AAGGACAGCAGAGCUGAGGCUUCAGGAGCAGCAGUGCUUGUGAGCGUUUCUGGAGCCCAGGCUCUUCUCUCGGAGGGAGGGACAGAGCAGGCAGCAGACACCAUGGAACUCCCAACAGCCCCUGCCGGCAAAGGGUGUGUCCCCUGGCAGGGGCUCCUGCUGGCUGUCUUACUCUCAACCUUCUGGAACCCACCCACCACUGCCCAACUCACUAUUGAAUUGAUGCCAACCAAUGUUGCUGAAGGGAAGGAUGUUAUUUUCCUUGUCCGUAAUCUGCCUGGGAAUCUUGCAGCCUAUGGCUGGUACAAAGGGGACAAAGUAGAUCACCAUCAAGAAAUUGCAUCAUAUAAGAUAGGCCCAGUAGAAAUUACCCCAGGGCCUGUAUACAGUGGUCGAGAGACAAUAUACUCUAAUGGAUCCCUGCUGUUCCGGAAUGUCACCCAGGAGGACACAGGAUACUACACCCUACAAGUCAUAAAUACAAGUUAUCAAGGUGAAGUAGGAACUGGACAGCUCCGCGUAUACCCGGAGUUAAACAAACCCAACAUCACAUGCAACAACUCCAACCCCAUGGAGCACAAGGACCCUGUAGUGUUAACAUGUGAACCUGAGACUCAGGACACCACCUACCUGUGGUCGAUCAACAAUCAGAGCCUCCUGGACAGCACUUGGCUGGAGCUGUCCCUGGACAACAGGACUCUCACUUUACUUCAUAUCACAAGAAAUGACACAGGACCCUAUGAGUGUGAAACCCGGAACCCAGUGAGUGCCCGUCGCAGUGACCCAUUCUACCUCAAUGUUCUCUAUGGCCCGGACACCCCCAUCAUUUCCCCCUCAGACUCCUAUUACCAUCCAGGGGCAAACCUCAGCCUCUCCUGCCACGCGGCCUCUAACCCACCCGCACAGUAUUCUUGGCUUAUCAAUGGGAGGCCCCAGCAAUCCACACAGGAGCUCUUUAUCCCCAACAUCAGUGCGAAUGAUAGUGGAUCCUAUGCCUGCCUCGUUCAUAACUCUGUCACUGGCCUCAAUAGGACCACAGUCAAGACUAUCACAAUCUCUGAGCCCGUGGCACAACCCUCCAUCCAAGCCAGCAACACCACAGUCACAGAACAUCAGGACCCUGUGGUCCUGACCUGCUUCACAAAUGACACUGGGAUCUCCAUCCAGUGGUUCUUUAAUAACCAGAGUCUACAGCUCACAGAGAGGAUGAAGCUGUCCCAGGACAACAGCACCCUCACCAUAGACCCCAUCAGGAGGGAGGAUGCGGGGGAUUAUCAGUGUGAGGUCUCCAACCUGGUCAGUGCCAGCAAAAGCGACCUCCUCAGACUGGAUGUGAAAUAUGAUCCAACACUAGGAAGUUCUGGACUCUCAGCUGGGGCUAUUGGUGGCAUCGUGAUUGGAGUGCUGGCCGGGGUCGCUCUGAUAGCAGCCCUGGUGUACUUUUUGUACAUCAGAAAGACUGGAGGGGCAAGUGUCCAGCAUGAUCUCACAGAGCACAAACCCUCAGCCUCCAACCACAGUCAGGGCCACUCUGACAAUUCUCCUAACAAGGCAGAAGAAAGAGGAACUGCUUAACUGGGCAUCAGAGUAAGCCUACUUCUAAGUCUACAGAUAUUUGAUCUACUGAUCAGAGAAUUAGCUAAAUUCAUCUGCACGUCUGCUAACGAAGUGGGUCUGUCUAGAACCAACAGGCCACAGGCCCAACCUGCCUGGAAGAAACUGCCUGUCUUCCUCCCAGAAAGAAGAUGAUUUCAUGAGUAAAGAUCUCUCAGCCUCUUUCUUAGGGACAAAUAACCCCUCCCGCACAGUGGGCUCCAGUGAAUCAGAUGCAGCAACACAGCUUUCCCUCACAAGAGCCUCCACAGGUUCAGCCACAUAAAAAUCUCUCCAGCACCUUCUAUCUUCCUUGUCCCCAGUUCCUUUGUUCUGCCCUUCUCACAGGGUCAGCUCUCUUCUGCCCUGAAUAACCUUCAUUUAUUUAUUCCACAGAGUAUUAACUUAUUAUCUCAUUUCCUUCACUUCCCAGCAAUUGAAACGUGUGCUGUCUUUCCCCUUCCUCAUCACCUCAUUUCUCUGGGGCCUCUUCAUUAGUGCCUCCAGACCCAAGACUGCUGGAAGCGGCAUAAAAUCAGUGUCCAUCUAUUGGCCAGAUUCGAAAGUAUUUUCACCAUCCUCACAUUGUUCACUUUAACAACAUCAAAGACCACAGACAACAUUUUCCUUCUUGGACGCUCUCCUCCUCCCAUCCCCACUGAUACACUGCACCCCGACACCAGAUUUAGUUCUCAGACCCUGCUUGUCUCCCUUCACCACCCUCUUUUCACAGUUCAAGGACCUCUCUGCAGAUGCCUCCUACAUCUCUAUCUUUAGCCCCUGCUGCUUCCCAGAACUCAUCACACACAUAUCCGAUUACCUUCUGAAAAUAUUCAUUUAAACCAGCUUUGCCCCACAGCACGCUCAUUUCUCGCAGUAACACCACUGUUUCUGCAGCCCUUGCUCUUUGGUUUCCCCAAUUCAAUACAUCAUUAAAGCCUGUUGAUUCUUUUUCAAUGUCUCUCAGUCGUGUUGUUCUCUCCAUUCCCGUAAACCUUAAUAACCCAGGCUCUCAACAACUCUGCUGCUGGAAGUACAGCUUGACUUCUUGUCUCUGUCUCUCUCCUGAAAUCUGCCUUGCAUACUGCUGUCUCAUUACCUUCCUAAAAACUGGUUCACUCUCCUAUUCAGAAUCUAUAGUGGCCUACCCUGGCCACCCAGAGAAGUUCACAUUUCUUCCUCUUUACUAACGUUUCUUACUUUCUUUACCACUGCUCUCUAGUAUAAUUCCUCCAUUGUAAUUAGAUCUGUCUCCUUACCCAUCCCUGCCUCUCCACCCCAUAUACACGUGUAAUUCCUAGUCCCAGUGAUAUGCCUGAAAACAAACACCAAACAGGGCAAUGUUCUCCCUGUUCUCUCACAGAGGAGUUACCCACACUGGUCAUCACAAGCAACAACUCCGACCCCGGGGAGGAUGAGGACUCUGUAGCAUUAACAUGUGAACCUGAGACACAGAACACAACCUAGCUGUGAUUGAGAAUCUUUUCCUGAUGACCAGUUCCUUUGUUCAUGAAAUCCUAUUGAGCACCUGCUGUGCCUCAAGUCUCAGUGUUAGACUCCAUGAAUGAUACAGAAAUGAGAAAGGCAGUGUCCCUACCUCAGGGGACAUAAAGCCUAAGACAGCAAAUAAGGCAUGAAAAGUUAUCAUAAUGCAAAGAUAGAAAGGGAUAAAUGCCAAAAGAGAAGAGAGAAAUCCAAUGGGAAAUAUGGCUACAUGUUAGAAUGAGUGGGAAAAUUUUAAAAACAACUAAUACUCAGGCCUCACCCACACAGAUCCUGAUUUAACUGGUGUGAGGUGGAACCCUGGCAAUGGCAAUUUUUUAAAGCUUCCCAGAUACUUUUAACAUGUAUCCAGGAUGGAGAACCUCUGCUAUAAUAGAUAGGACUUGAGCCUACAAGCAGUGGUUUUUAGCUAGGAGUAUGAAUCAGAAUUACCUAGAGAACUUUUUCAACAUACUUAAUAAACCUAUAAACCAUCCCUGAAGAAGCCAAUACAGUAUGUCUAGAGUGAGACUUGGGCUUGUAAAUUUUGAAGAACUUCCAGGUGAUUCUCACAUUUAUUUUAUGUUAGGAAAUACUGACCUGAAACAGGGAGAUUGAAAAACUGGGGAGUUGGGAGGACAUCCCAUGAGAUGGAUGUGAGAUGGGAAACAACUGAUAUUCUUACACUUUGAUGGUGGAAAUAUAAAAUGGCACAACCACUCUGGAAAAGAGUUUGGCGUUUUCAUAUAAAUAUGCUUAAACAGUUCAGCAAUCCCACUUCUAGGUAUUUACCCAAGAGAAAUGAAAAUAGAUAUCCACACCAAGAGUGAUACACGAACAUUCAUAG